AAUUAGUGGACGUUUUUAGGGUUCUUCGCGAGAGAGAGGGAUGGAUUCCAAGGUGCUACACCUUGUGCGCCAUGGCCAGGCCUUCCACAACGUCCAAGGUGAGAUUCUACUGCAAAUGAGGAGCUCCUGGAAGAUUUUCCUGGACGGGAGAUGGCGGCGCCUCACGCUCAAGCACAUCUUGAGGGCUUUUCGAUGCCUGUGGCUUCUCUUGUGCUGCAUCGUUUCCCCAGCGCCUCCUCGUCCCUCCUCCUCCCCAGCUGCUGUGAUGCCCAUUUACUACGAGCACGCCGACGCGAGCCUCACGGCUACUGGAUGGGAACAAGCUGAGUUUCUUCACAGGGAAUUCAGGAUUUCCGGAUUGAGAGACCGAGUGGAGCUUGUUGUGGUGUCGCCCUUGACUCGGACGCUCCAAACUGCAUCUGGGAUCUUUGGAGGAGGGAAUUUCACUGAUACCACUGAUCAACUAGCAGCUCCUCUGAUGGUAGACAACGUUGGACGGUGUCCACGACCAGCCAUCUCCAGUGCAAACUCCCCUCCUUUCGUAGCACUGGAGCUUUGCAGGGAGAAAUUGGGUACCAUGCCAUGCGAUCAGAGGAGUCCCAGGAGCAAAUCCGAAAUUCAGUUUCCAGGGAUUGGCUUUUCGAACAUCGAACAGGACCAGGACGAGCUGUGGAAGCCUGACAGAAGAGAACUAGAAGAGGAGCUCGACAAAAGGGCGAGAGCUUUUCUAGAAUGGCUAUGGAGUCGUGGAGAGGAGGAGAUUGCCGUCGUCUCCCACGCAGGCUUUCUGACCAACCUUGUGACAAAGUUUGGCAACGAAGCUGUGAACAAGACAGUGUUUGCGAACUGUGAGCUUCGUAGCGUGAGAUUGAGGAAAAUAGUCACGGGCUCGGACUAUGCAUUUGAGUUGACCGCAGCGUGAAUCCAUCCAAACAUCCUCGUCCCGCCAGGAAAAUGCUCGGACUAUGCAUUUGAAGAGACUGCAGCGUGAAUCCAUCCAAAGCGAGCCAUGGAUUCUGAAAGAGUUCUUUUGCUAACUUCAAGCUAGAAGCUUGAAGUUAUUAUUCAUGUAGUCAAUCUUAAAACGUAUCUAUAUUUAGCUAGGGCAAAGUUAAUAUAGCGGCAGAAAAUAAUUUAAAAUAAAUUUAAGGGAGGGGAUAUACCU